CGCUGAUGGUGUCGGUGAGCGCGUUUCCCGCCUGAGCGCGACUAGCGGCGGGUCGCGGGCGCCUCCAGAAGUUGGUUGUCAUUCGCUCAGACUUGAAGCACUGACUCGUUCCAUACCAUCAGAGGCUUGAUGUAGGUUCGCGCUAGACAUCUUGAGCAUCGUUGGAAUCGAUGGUGCUUCCUGUGGGGAUGAGUUUUUCCUGCUGCACUCUGGAUCUAGGAGAGCUUGUGUUGCACAUCCACAUCCCACUUCAUUCCUGCUAAUCUGCUGAUGCAGUAAAUUGGAAGACAGCUGUUGCCAGGAUAACCUGUAAUGGGCAAGGAGCCACAGAGAAGAAAACAUUUCUUUUAAUUUUUAAACUUGGUUUGAAAGACCAGCAUGUUUUGGAAAUUUGAUCUUCACUCAUCAUCCCACAUAGACACACUUCUAGAAAGAGAAGAUGUAACACUGAAGGAGUUAAUGGAUGAGGAAGAUGUUUUACAGGAAUGUAAAGCUCAGAAUCGCAAACUUAUAGAGUUUCUGUUAAAAGCAGAAUGUCUCGAAGAUUUAGUCUCAUUCAUUAUAGAAGAACCACCUCAAGACAUGGAUGAAAAGAUCAGAUACAAGUAUCCAAAUAUAUCUUGUGAGUUGCUCACUUCUGAUGUCUCCCAGAUGAAUGAUAGACUGGGAGAAGAUGAAUCCUUGCUAAUGAAAUUAUAUAGCUUCCUCCUAAACGAUUCCCCCUUGAACCCACUACUUGCCAGUUUCUUCAGCAAGGUGCUAAGUAUUCUUAUCAGCAGAAAACCAGAACAGAUUGUGGAUUUCUUAAAGAAGAAACGUGAUUUUGUAGACCUUAUUAUAAAGCACAUAGGAACUUCGGCUAUCAUGGAUCUGUUGCUCAGGCUCCUGACAUGCAUCGAGCCUCCACAGCCCAGGCAAGACGUGCUGAACUGGUUAAAUGAGGAGAAAAUUAUCCAGAGGCUUGUGGAAAUAGUUCAUCCAUCGCAAGAAGAAGAUCGUCAUUCAAAUGCAUCACAGUCACUUUGUGAAAUUGUUCGCCUGAGCAGAGACCAGAUGUUACAAAUUCAGAACAGUACAGAACCAGAUCCCCUGCUUGCCACUCUAGAAAAGCAAGAAAUUAUAGAGCAGCUUCUAUCAAAUAUUUUCCACAAGGAGAAAAAUGAAUCAGCCAUAGUCAGUGCAAUCCAGAUACUGCUCACUUUACUUGAGACACGACGACCAACAUUUGAAGGCCAUAUAGAGAUCUGCCCACCAGGCAUGAGUCAUUCAGCUUGUUCGGUCAACAAGAGUGUUCUAGAAGCCAUCCGAGGAAGACUUGGAUCUUUUCAUGAACUCCUCCUUGAGCCGCCCAAGAAAAGCGUCAUGAAGACUACGUGGGGUGUGCUGGACCCUCCUGUGGGGAAUACCCGGUUGAAUGUGAUUCGGUUGAUAUCCAGCCUCCUUCAAACAAAUACCAGCAGUAUCAACGGGGAGCUAAUGGAGCUGAAUAGCAUUGGGGUCAUAUUGGACAUGUUCUUCAAAUAUACAUGGAAUAACUUUUUACAUACACAAGUGGAAAUUUGUAUUGCACUGAUUCUUGCAAGUCCUUUUGAAAACACAGAAAAUAGCACAAUUACUGAUCAAGACUCCACUGGUGACAAUUUGUUAUUGAAACAUCUUUUUCAAAAAUGUCAGUUAAUAGAACGAAUACUUGACGCCUGGGAAAUGAAUGAGAAGAAACAGGCCGAGGGAGGAAGACGGCAUGGCUACAUGGGACACCUGACGAGGAUAGCUAACUGUAUCGUGCAUAGUACUGACAAGGGCCCCAACAGUGCAUUAGUACAGCAGCUUAUCAAAGAUCUUCCAGACGAAGUCAGGGAGCGAUGGGAGACGUUCUGCACAAGCUCCUUAGGAGAAACUAACAAGAGGAACACGGUAGAUCUAGUUACAACCUGCCAUAUUCAUUCAUCCAGUGAUGAUGAAAUUGACUUUAAAGAAACGGGUUUCUCACAGGAUUCUUCUUUGCAGCAAGCCUUUUCUGAUUAUCAGAUGCAACAAAUGACGUCCAAUUUUAUUGACCAGUUUGGCUUCAACGAUGAGAAGUUUGCAGAUCAAGAUGACAUUGGCAAUGUUUCUUUUGAUCGGGUAUCAGACAUCAACUUUACUCUCAAUACAAAUGAAAGUGGAAAUAUUGCCUUGUUUGAAGCAUGUUGUAAGGAAAGAAUACAGCAAUUUGAUGACGGAGGCUCUGAUGAGGAAGAUAUCUGGGAGGAAAAGCACAUUGCAUUUACGCCAGAAUCCCAAAGACGAUCCAGCUCGGGGAGUACAGACAGUGAGGAAAGUACAGACUCGGAAGAAGAAGAUGGAGCAAAACAAGACUUGUUCGAAUCCAGUAGUGCCAACACAGAGGAUAAAAUGGAGGUAGACUUGAAUGAACCACCCAACUGGUCGGCCAAUUUUGAUGUCCCCAUGGAGACAACCCACGGUGCUCCCUUAGACUCGGUGGGGUCUGACGUCUGGAGCACAGAGGAGCCAAUGCCAACCAAAGAGACGGGCUGGGCUUCCUUCUCAGAGUUCACGUCUUCCCUGAGUACAAAAGAUUCUUUAAGGAGUAAUUCUCCAGUGGAAAUGGAAACCAGCACUGAACCGAUGGACCCUCUGACUCCCAGUGUUGCUGCACUGGCAGUGCAGCCGGAAGCGCCAGGCAGUAUGGCCAUGGAAGCCAGCUCUGACGGAGAGGAGGAUGCAGAAAGUACAGACAAGGUAACUGAGACAGUGAUGAAUGGCGGCAUGAAGGAAACUCUCAGCCUCACUGUAGAUGCCAAGACAGAAACCGCGGUCUUCAAAAGUGAGGAAGGAAAACUGUCUACCUCUCAAGAUGCUGCUUGUAAAGACGUGGAGGAGAGCCCUGAGACGACAGAGGCGAAGUCUGCGGCCCCCAGGGCUCCCAGCAGUAGUCCAGAGCGGAGGACUGACCAGCCAAGCAUGCCAGGCGACACGUCAGUUAAUGGCCCUGUAUGAUGAGUGACCUCUGCUGCUGCUGACUGAGGACUGCAGACCGCCACCAUUCAGGGGCUCUGGGGGCUCUGUCUGGAGCCCGCCCAGCCGUCACUGCUGCACUCACUCUGCAAGGGAUCAGGACCAGCAACCUUUAUAUUCUAGAUUCUAAGACAUUGUACAGAGAAAUUCAGAAGUGUAAAAAUAUUGCACAUUGACAAAUACCAAGAAUUUUUGCGUAUGUUUAUAAUGUAUUGUUCUAAAUAAUGGGUAGCCUGUGAAAUAAGAUCUUGCCACCCAUGUAAUAAUAGUAGUAAUACUAUAGUUAAAAUGGCUGUAAGAAUAGUUUUAUAAAAGUGAAUACACAGAUCUAUUGUAUUUGAAACAUAACUAUUUGACAAUUAUUAGUGUGACCAAAGUAUUAGGCAGUUUUCAUACAUUUUUCACCUUGUACAAAAUUCUGAAUUCAUUUUUCUUCCAGGUUGGCAAGGAUCGUUGGAUUGAAAUGCCCUCUAAGUGUUAUUUUGGUUGUUCUAACUUACAAAAGUGAUUUUGAAUAAGAAAUAUUUGGUGUUCUUUUUAUAACCAGUUUUUGAUUGGUAACUGUUUUCUGUAUUGUUUAAAACGGAUCAAAAAAUGUAAGUCUAUUGGUAGAGAUUAAGUAUUUAUUGCUGCAACUUAGUUGAUAAAUUGAUGUUAUUGUAAAGCCAUAUGUUCUGUUCAAGUCUUGUUUGCUUGAAAUGAUUAUUCCUACAGGUGAAACACUAGACUAUUUGGAGUAUACAUGGCUUGUGGUUUGGGUUUUUUUGUUUUUUGUUUUCGUUUUUGUUUUUUGUUCUGUUUUGGUAGUUCAUCUGCCUUUUUAACCCAUUCACCAAAAUUUACCUUGUUAACAAGCAUCACCAAUGAACAUUUCAGAGCAAUCUGCAUAUUUAACAUACCUAAAUCAUAUUAGGCAAGUCAGUUGAAAAAUGCUCGUGCUGCUAAUGGAAUUAGAGUGCGUUCAUUUUACAGGCUAGUAUUUUAAAACUAGAAAUCAGAAUCUGGCACCUAAGCAUGUUAAUUGUUUUACUGUACCUUGUGAGAUUUUCACUCGUAAAUUCUAAACCAGUGUAUUUUUUUUAGAACUGGUUUGUGUAUAUAUAUAGUGAUUAUGGAUACUAAUUCAAUGUAAUUUAUAAUUUUCUAUGUCAAUAUAAAAAUACAUCACAGCCUUCUCAAACAGCUGAAGCAAUAUAUUGUAUAUUGCCAUAUCGUCUGGUGAAAGGGUUAAAUUACUUCACCUCUUGCACUUUUAGAUGCAAAUCAGUUUUUCAUUUCUGUAAUAGAAAAUUAUUCACGUAUUUUUACAUCAUUUGUGUCUCCUGACCAGUAUUUAAAACCAAAAGGAUAUUCUGAAAAAUGGCCAACGAUUUUUUUAGAAAUAGCAUCCCAAGCAGCGUGCCUAAACAUUACAUUGCAUAUGGAAAUAAAAAAAUCAAAUGUCUAAUGCCUUAUUUCUUAUUUACUUUUCCAUUGUAAAUGGUGUGGAAGCUCCUCGUGAGGUCUGGCGCCCAAGGACAGUGGAGUCGGCAGGACGCCCUGGGACAGGCGGCGGGGGCGCCUUACCUGGCCUUUGCGCGCCUCCUCAGGAGCCCUUUCUGUUGUGAGCUCCUCUCAGAAGAGACUGUCCUCGUGUUCUCCUCGGGAACCUAGCGCGGCCAGAGAACAGGGCUCCUUGCGCUUGUCUCCAGGAUGCUGACUUACGUGGCCCGGGACUCGGGGACUGCUGGUGGAUGGUGCACUCUUGUCUCACCUGGUGCAGAGCUUUGGUGGCCAUUGCCAGGGCUUGUCUCCGGGGUGGCACACGCUGCUUCCAUGUGAUUUGGAUUUGGUUGGCUUCUCCAUCCCACCCAAGGUAACACAUUGUCUCGUUUUACCCCCGCCUACUGCUGAUGAAUGAGCAUUUGGGGUUUUUCUUUGGGGUGGUGUUUUGUCUUGUUUGUCUUAAGUGGCAAGGAAAGGACACGAGGAUGGGAAGACCAGAGUCUGUCAGGGGUUGUGGGUGUCAGCCCAGGACCAGGAGCGAGGCCACUCUCAUUUCGUUUCUACUUUAAUUUCUGUGUACUGGCCAUACUGAAUUGCGAGACUAACCGAUGUCUACCGUACGAUACCUGUAUUAAAAAUAACAAUGACAAAAAUAAAGCCUGAUUCUUUGUUUCUAGAAA